AUGGCUAAACUACUACUGUUAGUAGUAGUGCUUACCAUCGGAAGUAACUUCCAAGUUGAUGCGCAAUUCGGGGGUAUGUUCGGCAUCGGUGAUAUGGUCCGUGACAUAGGCGGAGAAAUUCACCACGUCUGGGAGAGAUUCUUCAAAGAACCCGACGAAAAAUACGUCAAGGACCAGGUAAAGAAGAUCGAACAGAUCAAGAGGAACCUCAAGGCCAACGAACAAUCUCUGAAUCACUCCGAUGAUGUCGCUGAAACUAUUCUGGAACAAUUGGGUGUUGCCGACAACAAACAAAGAGAAUUGGACGAAAAACUUGUUAGAUUAAACGACACUUUCACUCUAGUUGAUUUAAAAAUUGACAUAGUUACGAGCCGCAUUAACGAAAUUUCAACGCUGAUUAGCGACAUUCCAGCUACAGUAGCGGAAAGAGCGAGUCUUUUGUUAAACAGCUUUAUCAACCGGAUAAGAGUACAGACAAAUCUUAUCGAAGCGAAAGAAACUUUCAAGACAUAUGUUCGAACAAUUGAUAUAAACUACAAUAACUUUUUGAUGUACACUAGACCCGGCACUAAUAUAAGAAAAGAAUCUAUGCUCGAGUUUUGCGAUACCCUUUUGUCACCCUAUGCUGAUGAAUUGUCCAAAACUCUCGUUCAAAUUCACAAAUUACUCGCUCCAGGAGAAACAGGGUCAAUUUACGAAGGACUGCUGGAAUUUCUUCGAGACUAUCAAAGUAAACAAACAUUCGAUGAACGAUGUGACUUGGAAAAUUCGUUUCAAGAGCAAUUCAGAGAAUUGUAUCACAUUAUUCUUGUCAGUGAAAUUAGAGCUUUUGCGAUGCAAGCAUUUGCGAUGAACUACCGCCACUUGGUAGGAGAGGAAACUGAAGCCGCGGUGAAGGGUGAAGUUGGUAUGAUGAUCGAGUCCUUGUUGAGGAGGAUGUCCAGCUACCUGGCGGCUAUGAAAGAAACGAUGAACGGCGUAUCCAGGGAACUUUUCCGUUGUGAACCAGAAAAGCAUUUGUUAGGAAAUGGUACAUGGAUUCCCUAA